GAUGCAUUGUAAAACAACGAUCGAACGUUUCCGUCACCUUUGAGUGUACAAUAACGAGGAAUACUUUUUAAUGCAGAUUAACUGUUAGUCUGUUUAAUACAAAGAUGGCCAUGCUACCAGGAUUUUUAAUUCUAGCAAUUGGAAUAAUAAUAGACUGUGCUCAAGUGUCAGGAUUUUACUACGUCGAUGAUGCCAAGGUGACUGUCGCCGCCGCCAAGACACACUGUGAAUCUCUUGGACUGCGACUAGCCGUUUUUGAGACACAAGCUGAAUGGGAAGAAGCCAGGGAUUUUCUUAAUACCUACAACUCAAUAUGGGGAAAACAAAACCACGUGUGGAUUGGACUGCAGAGAGACACGUCACAGUCCACAAUGGUGUACAAAUGGAUAGACGGAUCGGCGCUAUCAUGGGGCGCCUUUUACACUACUCCAUGGAAAGACACCAGCACGCCCUUAGACGACCCAACCAAAGCCUGUGUGAAAAUGGAGUGGGGGACAGGGCUUCUCUGGGAAGACCACGACUGUUCUUCAACUGAGAACUACUUAUGCGAGGGUUUCCAUAUGGAUCCGGUUUCCACGAGUAGCUGGCAGAAUGCCAAAUCUAGUUGUGAAGGUAUGGGGAUGAAGCUGGCUUCUCUUAAAAGUGCCGAGAUCAAUCAAGCCGCCAUCGAAUUCAUCAGCAUCAUAUUACAAAAUGCUGGAACCUCUGGUGAUGUUUGGCAUGGUCUAUAUAAAACCAGUACGAGCACUUACACGUUUGAGGACGGCACGCCCUGUAGCCCCGGUGUUUACGGAAGUACUCACAACACUUACCCAUGGUCUUCAGGCGAGCCGGACAGUUCCGCGCAGUGUAUUCGCUUAAAGUCUGCCGGUUCCCAGCAAUACACGUGGGCAGACUAUGGCUGCAGUAACAGCUUUAAAUACCUCUGUCAAGAAGAGUUUUCACCCACUACCUCCCCAGUUCCAACCACCAUACCAACGACGACGACAACAACAACAACGACGACAACAACGACGACAACGACGACAACAGCAGCACCAACCACUACCAUAACACAACCCGAGACCACCACCAAACCGUGGUGGUUUGUGGAGUACAGUGAUGACGGGAAAGCUAUAGGAGCCAAUGGAAAGACGUUUGAUAAAUCCAACCCACCUGCCAGGUUUGGUAUCAUUGGUCUGGCCAUCGGCUUCUCUACCUUCGCAGUGCUGUUCACUCUUAUCUGCUUUCUGUGGUUCUGUUGUAUAAAAAACAAAGAGGAUUAUCGUUUUAUGGAGGAAGAGGAGGAGGAAAAACGCAAACCCCCGCCCCUUGCGAAGGAACCACACGGCAUACCGUAUAUUGCGUAACAACUGUUGAAAACUGAAGUGUCUUAAAGUAUUUCAUAAAAUAAAACAAACCUGAGGUUGAUUUUGCAUUCAAUAAAAGCUUUUGUAAAAUCA